AUGGCUAUAACCAUGUUCCCUAAAAUCACACUUUUCAUCGCUACUUUCAUCUUCUAUUCCACCAUCAACCAACCAUCGUUGGUUUUUGGCUCAGACCCCGAUCCACUUCAAGACUACUGUUUACCCUCGCCUCACACCCACCUCUGCAAAAACUCCUCAUCCAUCACCGUUGACGACUUCGUCUUCUCCGGCAUAAAACAUCCCGGAAACUUCACCAACAAAUUCUCCGGGGUGCCUGUCUCCACCACCGUGUUCCCGGCGCUCAACACUCUCGGAAUGUCGCUUGUCAGAGCUGACUUUCAGGUCGGUGGGAUUAACGCCCCCCACUAUCAUCCUCGAGCCACGGAAGUGGCGUAUGUGCUUGAAGGGAAGCUUUAUUCUGGAUUCGUCGACACAGGGAACAAAGUGUUUGCGAAGGUGAUUGAGAAAGGAGAGGUGAUGGUUUUCCCUAGGGGAGUGUUGCAUUUUCAGAUGAACGUUGGGGAUUCGCCGGCCACCGUUCUUGGGAGCUUUGACAGCCAGAAUCCAGGGUCGGUGAAGCUUCCGGCUGCCUUGUUUGGAUCUGAUAUUGACUCAGAGUUGUUGGAGAAGGCGUUUGGAUUGAAGAGUAAAGAGAUCUCCAAGUUGAAGAAGAGAUUUGGGAUUAAAAAAGAAGAGUAG